GUCGGACCUCAUGAUUUACUGAGCAGCGCUUGUUUGGUUUUUGAAAUAGCUGUAAUUUCUUCACGCCGAACGUUCUUCUGGAUGCAACGUUUCAUUUUUAGUGCUUCGAAGCUAUUUCUGUUAUACAUUAGCAGUUUUCCUUUGUACACAAACUGAAGUGGGACUCGACAAAUGGAUUCAAAAGCAUUGUAUUGUGAGAAGGGCUUGAAUUUUGGUCAUGAAGAAUAUAAGCCAAUAAAGAAAGAAAUGACAGAAACUAUUGCAGUACUGGAAGGCAUUUCAGUAAAGGUGGAAAUAAAGGAAGAUCUUGUAAAUAAUAAUGAUACAAAGGAUAAUAUUUCACAGCAGACAAAUAUUUCAAUCAAAGGUGAAAUCAAGGAAAAUAUUUCAAUAAAGGAUGAUAUUGCAACACAGGAAGAUGUGGUAAAUAUUCCAAUACUUGCCACUGUCUUAGUAAAAGAAGAAAUUAAGGAAGAAAUUACAAUAAUAGACUAUAAGCCACUCAGUGAAGACUUAGAUCAAGCAUCUAUACUGAACUGUCAAGAGUCCAGUAGAAUUAAAGAGGAAGACCAGGAGCCCCUGCACAUUAAAGAAGAGGCUUCUGAAAUUAACAUUUGUUCAACCAUUAAGCAAGAAGAGAAGCCAUUGGAUGGAAAUGUCACCACAAACAUUCAAGAGGAAUUCUUUCCUCUGGUGUCCUUGCAGUAUGGUCAAAAGGCUGUCAGGCCGAAUUUUGAGCCAGGCAAAGAUCCUAGGCAAAAAGACCAGAAUGAGGAUGACUUUAUGACACAUGAAAAUGAUAAUAGUGUGAAGACCCCAUGGUGGUUAACGGAAGAUAUCCGAAAUUUCAAAAAGAAACCAAGCAUCAUGAAGCAACAAAUCUUGCAAGAGGAAGUGCAUUGGUACAACUGUUCUGAAUGUGGAAAGAAUUUCAUCAGAUUUGCUAGCCUUAAGGUUCACUUGAGGCUUCAUCGAGGGAAGAAGCCAUACCAGUGUGAAGAAUGUGGGAAGAGCUUCAGUUAUCAAUGUGACUUUAAGGUUCAUGAGAGGAUCCAUACGGGUGAGAAACCCUACAGGUGUGAUGAGUGUGGGAAAAGCUUCACUAAUAUAUCUGCUCGUAAGACGCAUCAGCGAGUUCAUACUGGGGAGAAGCCAUACAUGUGCAAAACAUGUGGGAAGCGGUUCAGUCAAAUGUCGGGCCUGAAAACGCAUCAGCAAAUCCAUACAGGAGAUAAACCUUACAUUUGUGCUGAUUGUGGGAAAAGCUUUGGGCAUAUGUUUAACCUUAAGGCGCACCAGAGAGUCCACACGGGUGAGAAGCGACCAAAGAAGCACUCAUCUGAGACAGUGAAUACUACUGUAAAAACUGCUAAUUAGAUAUUAGGAAAAAUGAGUACCCAACUGAAAUCUGAAUUGAAGUGUCAGUCCUACAUGACUACUCUUUGCAGCUGAAGGAAAAGAAUAAAAUAUAAAAUAUUUUUAUAAGCCCUUUAGAAAAGUCAGAAACACUAUGCAUAUUAUUAAUAUUAUUGCUUUUAAAGAACUGCAAAUAGUAUUACUGAAAAGGGCAAUGUAAGAAGUACAUUCAUUGACAAUUAAUUACCAUUCCACCUAUUCUCUAUUCAAUUUUUUGUCAUUCUUGUCACUCCUGUGUGAACAUCUAAGAGGGAGAUGUCCAGCAUGCUGCUCUUUAGCAGGACACAAACACUUGUAUCCUACAAUAGAAAAACUUCGGAUCACAUUCAUACUGGAAGAGUUGGUAAGCUGCAGUUGGAAGGCACUCUGGAGAACUGAGCCUAGCCAUGGGGGCACCAAUGUGUUACCAAGUACCACCCUAGAAAAUAGUUUCAUACGGUUGACUGUGACCUUCAAGAAGUCUGUUUAGAUCACUUUAACAGAAACAAAUUUUUACUUGGGCUUUAAUAAGAGGUGGUAGAAGAAACAAAACUGCUUGUGUUUAUCAUGUUAAAUAGAAAUGGGUCUCUACACCUCUUAACGUUCAGACAGCAGCUGCUCCAUCCUCUCUCUUCUGGUUAAUAAUGGCUGCACAACUGGUACAAAGCUGUUUUUAGAGCUGUGGAAUUACAAUACAUGUAUGUAAUAUCAGUUUGUUUUUCUGUUGUGCCAAUACACAGCCCCGUAAUUGGAAAAGUGGUAUGAAUUAAACCUAUUUUACAUACAGUUCUGGAAAUAUAGGAAUGCAGCUUGACUUGACAAGAAUGGCAGAUGGAUAAGCUUAUCUAGUACAAACAAAUGACCUUAAAUCAAGCAAGAUGGUAAAUAAAAUAAAGGCAAUUUGAAAAAUACAUGGUAGCUGCAAUGGAUAGAAGCUUACAUAGUAUAACAAAUUUGUGAUGGCUUAUGGGUAAUUCAAACAUGCACAUUGCAGCGCUCUACCGUUAGUCUGGUUAAAGCCAAGAUGAAUGCUCUGCUGCAUGAAUGCACCAAUGGUGAGCAACAUGCCAUAGUGAAAUUUCUUUGGGCAGAGGGAGUGAAAUCUGCUGAAAUUCACUGAAGGAUGUUGGCUUGUGCAGAUAAGUAAGCUGUUUGGGUACCCAUCUUGUGCAAACUUUACAGUACUCCAACUUGUCGUGCACUAUGGCAUCUGCAAAUCAAUAGCUUAUAUCUAAAUAUGCAGUAACAGCGGAUAACGUAAUCUGUUGAUCUCCUCUGAAGAAGGAAUUUGACAUGUCAAUGUAGGCUUAUGUUCAUGAUGUUAAAGGUCAGCCAGGCUGACCUUCAUCGGUUACACUUGUCCUUCCCGUCUUAACCCUUUCCACCCCUUUGUAAAAUUUUAGUUGAGUUAUGGCAUUUUCACUUUCAUACCGAGCUAAUAUCCUUUGAAUUUCAAAAGUUUUCACUCCCUCUGCCCAAAGCAAUGUCACUACAGGGUGUUGUUCAGCAAUGGCGCAACCCUGCAGCAGAAAAUCCAUGAAAAUUUGACUUUGGCUUGAACUAGACUCAUGACGGAGCACUGCCCUGUAUGUGUUUGAGCUACCCAUAAGCCAUUGUGAACAUGUUGCAUUGCACCAGCUUCUAUCUAUUGUGUAAUUUUCAAAUUGCCUUUAGUUUUUAAUUUACCCGUGCAUCAUUUGAAAAAAUGAAUUGUUAGAGUGGAGGCGAGCAUGACACUUUUAUAACACGAUGAAGUCAAUUAGCAUUCUCAUUAUCUACAAUUCAAUAUGCAGAAUCCAUUAAGAAAACAAAAAUUGUUUAAUUAUUGAAUGUAGCUUGAGACAUAAUGUUUGGAGACACCUUUUUAAGAAUGGCACAUACAUUUCACACAGCUCCUUUACGUGCAGUUUCACUUCCAACCAGUUUGCUGCUUUAAAUAUUAAGAUGAAUAUCUUCUUAGUGACAGCAGAAUCAGGUCUGAUCUGAGAAACAAUCACACCACAGACUGCAGGGAAGGAAAAAAUGUUGAAACUUGAACUUUACAAGUUGCUUUUGAUUUUUCCAUGUCUUCCUCUAUUACUACGGCAUCUCAACCCCACCUAUGUGCAUAUUAAAUGUACCAUUCAGAAUUUCUUUGUACUUAAGAGUGAUGAUGGUUUCUGCUAAGAGAUAUCCUUCAAAGUAAACUGAAUUAUUUUCCUCCAUA